AGCGAUGUACCGACUGAGCGGAAGUGUGUAAACUACCUCCGGUUGGAUGUGUUCAGAAUUUCUACAUUUUUAGCACAAAACACCAACUAAAGUAGUGUUAAUACUUUUUUGAUCAUGGAUAUCAUCAAAGCGGAGAUCGCGCGGAAACGUAAACUGAUAGAGGAGAAAGACCUCAUGGAUGAUUCAAAGAAAUACUUUAAACGGGCCGAUUUGGCUCGUAAGGAAGAAGAGGAUUAUUUCAAGAGAUGCGGAUACAAGGUUGCUCAUGAACAGCCUGUGAGACAGGUGGAAAAGAACAUAGAGGAGGCCGCCCCGUCUACAUCAGCCAAUCCUGUGUUAGAAAAGCAGAUGACGGAGGAGAAGCUACCAAUGACGCUCUCUCGACAGGAGGUGAUCAGACGUCUGAGGGAACGUGGCGAGCCGAUCCGUCUGUUUGCUGAAUCUGAUUAUGAUGCUUUCCAGAGACUCCGUAAGAUUGAAAUUUUGGCACCAGAAGUAAAUAAGGGUUUGAGAAACGAUCUGAAGGCUGCCAUGGACAAGAUCGAUCAGCAGUAUUUAAAUGAGAUCGUGGGGGGAGAAGCUGGAGAGGUGGACACACAACAUGAUCUCCAAGUUCAUGAAGAAAACACUACCAUUGAAGAGCUAGAGGCUCUUGGAGCAUCUCUCGGCACAGGUAAUGAUGUCAGAGACAUGGAGAUCAUAGAUAAAGUAUUAAGGUUCUUGCUGGGCGUGUGGGCCAAAGAUCUUAACAGCAGAGAGGAUCAUGUCAAACGUAGCGUGCAGGGCAAACUCGCAAGCGCCACCCAAAAACAGACUGAAUCGUACUUAAAACCACUUUUCAGAAAACUGCGCAAGAAGAAUAUACCAGCAGAUAUUAAGGAGUCCAUCACAGAUAUCAUAAAGUUCAUGCUGGAGAGAGAAUAUGUGAAGGCAAAUGAUGCCUAUCUGCAGAUGGCUAUAGGAAACGCUCCAUGGCCCAUCGGUGUGACCAUGGUGGGCAUCCACGCUCGUACUGGACGUGAGAAGAUUUUCUCCAAACACGUUGCCCACGUGCUCAAUGACGAGACCCAGAGGAAAUAUAUCCAGGGUUUGAAGAGAUUAAUGACGAUCUGUCAGAAACAUUUCACAACUGAUCCUUCAAAGUGUGUAGAGUACAAUGCUCUGUGAUUCACUGCAUUCAGUCACAUUGUGUUCGAAUAUACAAGCUCCUGCUUUUGUUAUUCUCAUGUUAUGUAAAUAUGUCAUUGACUGUAAAUAUACCCUAUUUGUGAGAACCCUACCUGUGAAUGCUUUUUUUCCUUUUAAAUAAAAGCUGAGUUCACUUUG